UGCACCCAACUUCCGAGGCGCCCUCAUUGCCCAGCCCGACCCCAGCCUCCGACAGGUUCGGGCCCCUCCUCGCCCCGUCCCGUCGAUCCCGGGCCCCGCCCAGCGCACGGGACCCCCGGCUCCACUCGCCCGCUCGCUCGGUUCGCGCCCGCACCAUGGACAAGGUUUGGUGGCGCGCAGCCUGGGGACUGUGCCUCGUGCAGCUGAGCCUGGCGCAGAUCGAUUUGAACAUAACCUGCCGAUACGCGGGUGUAUUCCAUGUGGAGAAAAAUGGUCGCUACAGCAUCUCGCGGACGGAGGCUGCUGACCUCUGCCAGGCUUUCAAUAGCACACUGCCCACCAUGGCCCAGAUGGAGAAAGCCCUGAGCAUCGGGUUUGAGACCUGCAGGUACGGGUUCAUAGAAGGGCAUGUGGUGAUCCCCCGGAUCCACCCCAACUCCAUCUGUGCAGCAAACAACACAGGGGUCUACAUCCUCACGUCCAACACCUCCCAGUACGACACCUACUGCUUCAAUGCUUCAGCUCCACCUGGAGAAGAAGACUGCUCAUCAGUCACUGACCUGCCCAACGCCUUUGAAGGACCCAUUACCAUAACUAUUGUGAACCGUGAUGGCACCCGCUACAGCAAGAAGGGCGAGUACAGAACUAACCCUGAAGACAUCAACCCCAGCACCCAGGCUGACGAGGACGUGAGCAGUGGAUCCUCCAGUGAAAGAAGCACUUCAGGAGGUUACAGCAUCUUCCACACCCACCUUCCCACCACACGCCCCACCCAAGACCAAGGCAGUCCCUGGGUGUCUGACCACUCAGAGAACACUCCCACUACCAGUACGGAUUCAAAUAUCAUCUCAGCAGGCUGGGAGCCAACUGAAGAAAAUGAAGAUGAAAGAGACAAACACCCCAGUUAUUCUGGAUCAGGCAUUGAUGAUGAUGAAGAUUUUAUCUCCAGCACCAUUCCAACCACGCCACGGAUUUUUAGAUCCCCAGAAGAGAAUCAUGAUUGGCUGCAGUGGUACCCUGUCCAUUUGAAUCCAGACAGAUCACUUCAGACAACCACAAGGAUGACUGAUGUGGACAGAAGUGGCACCAGUGCUUAUGGAGAAAAUUGGAGCCAGGAACCACACUCUCCUCUCAUUCACCAAGAGCAUCAUGACGAAGAGGAGACCCAGCAUUCCAGAAGCACAACCCGGGCAAUCACUAGUAGUACAGCAGAAGACACAGCUACCCAGAAAGAGCAGUGGUUUGAGAAUGGAUGGCAUGGGGAACACCCCCAAACGCCAAAGGAAGACUCUCCCUCAACAGCAGGGACAACUGCCCCAGCCCAUGACAGCCAUCCAGAUCAAAGAAUGACAACGCAGAGUCAAGAGGACAGUUCCUGGACUUACUUCUUCGACCCAAUCUCACAUCCAAUGGGACAAGGUCAUCAAACGGAAAGAUGGAUGGAUACUGACUCCAGCCACAGUACAACGCUUCAGCCUUCUGCAGAUCCAAACACAGGUUUGGUGGAAGACUUGGACAGGACAGGACCUCUUCCAAUGACCACUCAGCAGAGUCACACUCAGAGCUUCUCUACAUCACAUGGAAGCUUGGAAGAAGAUAAAGACCAUGCAAUGACUUCUACUGCAUCAUCUAGCAACAGGAAUGAUGGCAGAGGUGGAAAGAGAAGUGGAAACUUUUCUGAAAACUCAACUACUUCGGUGGAGGGUUAUACUCCUCAUCCCCCAGACACAAAGGAAUACAGCACCCUCAUCCCAGUGACCCCCGCUAAGACUGGGUCCCCUGGAGUUACCAAAGUUACUGUCGUUGGAAAUUCCAACUCUGAUGUUGAUGGUUCCUUUUCAGAAGACCAAGGCUCCUCCGAUGACCACAGUGGGAGGUCCCAUACCACCCAUGGAACAGAAUCACCUGGAUACUCAAGAGGGAGUCAAGGAGGUGGGGCAAACACGACCUCGGGUCCUAUACGGAAACCUCAAAUUCCAGAAUGGCUGAUCAUCUUGGCAUCCCUCCUGGCCCUGGCUUUGAUUCUCGCAGUUUGCAUUGCUGUCAACAGUCGAAGAAGGUGUGGACAGAAGAAAAAGCUGGUGAUCAACAAUGGCAAUGGAGCUGUGGAGGACAGAAAGGCAAGUGGACUCAACGGAGAGGCCAGCAAGUCUCAGGAGAUGGUGCACUUGGUGAACAAGGAGUCGUCAGAGACCCAAGACCAGUUUAUGACAGCCGACGAGACGCGGAACCUGCAGAAUGUGGACAUGAAGAUUGGGGUGUAGCACCUACCCCAUAACCUCAGAAAGAAACGAGAGGGAGCUGGGACCCUUCACAGAUGCAGUGUGCUACUGAUUGUUUCAUUGGGGAUCUUUUUUUAGCAUAAAAUUUUCUACUCCUUUUUGUUUUUUGUGUUUUGUUUUUCAAAGUCAGUUUCAAUUUAUAAAAACAACAUUGCUUUCUGAAAUGAGGGCCCAAUUAAUAAUCAGUAAGAAUUUGACCGUUCCAGUUCCCACCUAGAAGCCUCUUACCCCCUGGGGUGUGCUGUGGAUGGCUUCUCACAAAAGCCGCAAAUACAUCUUCCCGAUCCCCAGCCUUCCCUCCACCCCACCUCCCAGGUAAUGGCCACCUGCUAAGGACAUUCUCCAGGGCUAAGAGGGAUUGGUCCCUGGGAGGAAAUUUGAAUGGGUCUAUAUUGUUCCUCCAGCACCCCAAUCCCUGGACGUUGCUUUCCAGUGGGGUAGGGGAUCGGGGUGUACUGGUUACACAUCCCCUUCUACAGACCCCCUGGAAAUUUUUCCAAUGCUUCUGGGAGAUACCCAAAGGGUGAAGCUAUUUAUCUGUAGUAACCUAUUUAUCUGUGUUUUUGAAACAUUAAACCCUGGAGGUCCUUUGAUCAGUAUGACUUUUUUUUUUUGUUAGUUUGUCACAGGCAUAAAAGGGUUUAAGCUGAUUCAUAAUAAACAUCUGUAUUUCUUCCGCCUUAACCCUUUGUGCUGCGAUCCUUCAGCUUCUUAACCAGCAAGGUCUGGGUCCCGACAGCUCAUCAGGAAGAUGUGAGAAUGGUCCUCCUUGAAAGUUUUCAUCUCAGAGCCACUAAGCCCCCACUCCAACUCACUCAACCAAAUCUCAUAGAAGAUCAAGGAAGACCGCACUAUUUUAGUUCUGAGGCUCCAAAGGCUUUCUGUCCUGUUGUCCUAGAACCCGAAUUCUGAAGAAGGAGCUUCACCUGCUUUUAUGUUUUAAUGGCCAUUUGUUCUCUCUCCCGAAGGGCUGUGAAAAGUCACAUUACAUUUGCAUGACCUACCAUUUGUGGGGUCCCAUCUCAUAGAUCCUGACCCUGUUAGUGAUGUCCAAAAACAAUAUGGAAGUGCCUUUUGACAUCUUGUGAUAAAAGGACACGCCAAUGGAAAUGAAAGAAACCAAAGUCAGUAGCCAACUGAUUGGCACAGGUUGGUGAGGGGAGGAGGGAGCGAUGUAGAUCCUGUUUGGGUAUAUUUAUGGCUGUAUUUGUUUAUACUUUAGCAAGCCAGUUGUCUGCCCCCAAGGCAGUUGCUACUCAGAAUAAGUUAAGUGCUGGGGAACUCCUCAAAAGGUUACAGGGCUUCCCACCAUUGGAAUCUGAUCACUAGAUAGGCAGGUUUAUGGCCAAAUAUGAGAAGAAUGGCUUUAUGCCCCACGUGGAAAGUCCUCUGUGGUCUUUAUUCAUAAGUUCCAGAGGCCCCAUUGGUCCUGGAACUUCCAAGCCUACUUGUAAUAGAGGAGAUUGAAUCUAUAAAGUUAGGGAUCCUAUAAAAUGAGACCUCCUUCCUUUGGCCACCAUAAAAAGUCAUCUGUUGCCUAAACUAAUAUGCUUAACUGGCAGUGUUUCUCAGACUGAAAAAAAGAAGAAGAAAAAAAGAGAAAAGCUCCUACAUAAACCAGGGCUGGGCUUAUACAAGAGUUGAUUCUGAAGGGUGUAUUUAAAGGAGAGAUCCUCACUUUCUGCCCCUUUCCCAACCUCUGCUCUCCCCUAUCCACCCUCACACCCUCCUCCCUGCCAUGGUCUUUGAAACUUCCUCUUUCUUUUUCUGUGAACAUCACUGGCCAGUUCCAUACUCAGCUGUCUGGUUUUCUUUUCAUUUUCAAGUUGAAAGAAAAGAAAAUCGACAUUAGGCCCAACUCUGUUGUUACUGCCACCAGUGUCAAAGUGCUCCCUGCCUUCCAAGAGCUUUCCUGGGUCUGCUGCAGACCCAGACAGGCUCCCUCAGGCUCUGUAACCCGAAUGCCACAAGCCACUCCACGAUCAGGUUCAGGCGGGCUAUCCCAGGCUCUACGUGAUCCCCAGAUUCUCUUUGGAGCCAUGGAUAGUCAUACAAGUUUUGAUGGUUUCCGCCCCUUCUAGACAUUCCCAACAAAUAGGCUGAGACAGGAGAUUGUUUUCUAUCUUAUUUUGGAAUUAUAUAUCAUCUUUCCUUUUAUUAUGAUUGUAGUCUGUUACUCUGUGUUCUCAAGAUAGGAAUAGGAGAGGUCCAGAAUAAGAGGUCCAGGAAUAGGAGAGGUCCUUCUAUCCUUGGAUGCAAAACCCCCACAAUAUUGCCUGAUGUUCAUAGAAUAGGAUGUAUUCUUUCCCAUUUGAAAUAAUGGCAUAACUUUGGAAGCACAACUUGACUGCAUAUCACUCCUACCAGUGGCUUGCCAGGUGACCUGAGCGAAGUCAUUAAACUGGGUCUUGUUUGUAAAACUAAGGGACCAGUAUUUUAUUAUUUUGCAAAGCUUAAGAGAGCAAAGCUGAGAGUUUUGCAAAGCUGAGAGCUUAAGAUGUAAUUUUUCCUAUAAUUGUAAAUCUUUUCUGUCUCCUGGGGGCUUCCUUUAAAUUAGCACUGGGUGAAAACUAAAAUGGGGCAAAGAUAUCUUUAUAUCCAUAUUCCGUAGAUUCUAUCUUGGCAGAAUGGAUUUCUCCAGCAGAACCUCUCAAAAAGUGUUAUAUUGAGACCAUGACCCCUAGAAUUGGUUUCAUAGCCAAUGUUCAUGCAAUACUGGUACAGCAGAGGAGUAGGAGAAAGGAAACCUCCGACUUCUCUAGAAAAGUGUACUUAAGAAUAAGAAUAACAUUGUCCCUUCACCUUUAUGUCAUAGGUAUGCCUUUUUGUAAAUCACUUGCAUUGAAUUUUCAAAGAAUAGCUCAUUGUUCAUGCAUGUACAAUGACCAUUAUUACUUUGAUUUUUCACAGCACACCCUCCCUCUGAUUUUUGUAUAUUUAUUGAUGGACCAGUAAUAAUCAGGAAAGCAUGAUAUGUAUAUUGCCCAGUUGAAAGCACUUAUUGGAAAAUAUUAAAAGGCUAAAGGAAAGGAAA